UAGAAUACCAACGAAGAAGCAGCAUCAGAAGCAGCAGCAGCAGCAGCAGGAGGAGCAGAAGAAGAAUGAGGAGAAUACUAAACGGAAAAUAGAGCAGCACGAAGAACAACAGUUUAGUGAAACGAUAAACUAACACCGUUACCUCUAAAGAUUACCAUUCAACACAGCUGCAUUAUAUUUAGUAAACUAUGACAGAGCCCCAGUCAGCGCUGUUACUCAGGAGACAGCUGGCAGAGCUGAACAAAAACCCAGUGGAAGGAUUCUCAGCAGGUCUGAUCGAGGAUAGUGAUCUCUACAGAUGGGAAGUCCUCAUCAUCGGGCCUCCAGACACACUGUAUGAAGGUGGUGUGUUUAAAGCUCAUCUGACAUUUCCCAAAGACUACCCUCUCAGGCCACCUAAAAUGAAAUUUAUCACAGAUAUUUGGCACCCUAAUGUUGACAAGAAUGGAGAUGUAUGUAUUUCAAUUUUGCACGAGCCUGGGGAGGACAAGUACGGCUAUGAGAAACCAGAGGAGCGCUGGCUGCCUAUCCACACUGUGGAAACCAUCAUGAUUAGUGUUAUCUCUAUGCUGGCUGACCCAAAUGGCGACUCACCAGCCAAUGUGGAUGCAGCAAAAGAGUGGAGGGAGGACAGAUACGGCGCAUUCAAAAGGAAAGUUGCCCGUUGUGUACGAAAAAGCCAAGAGACUGCGUUUGAGUGAUAUUUAGCAAGGAUCUAGCUUCAUGUUUUCAGGGUCUCCAAUUGAAAAUCAACAUGGCACUGUUUCCUGCACUCUUCCACCCUGUCGCCAGGCUUGUCCUCCUUUUAUUUUGGCAGGAACAGACUGGCUACCGUAGGCUGCAAUAGAACAUAACAGAGACUACCAAGGCUGACAGGAAACCGCCAAGCAAGUGCCAACUCAAAAAAAAACAACACAAAAAAAACCCAGAAGAUGAUAAAACAUUUUUCAAGUCUAUGAACUGCUUCAACAUUCAGGAAGAUAUUGUAAAGACAUGUAUAUAGCACAGACUAAACCGGAUAAUAUAUAAGCUCCCUUUCCAUCCAUCAAGACACUUAGACCAAAUGAAUAGCGCUGGUUCAGAUAGAUUUAUUUUUGUCCAUUUUCCCUCUCUCGACUCCAGCAUGCAUUAGUUCUCUUUAGUCUGAACAGGUCUUAAAUAGAAAGAGAAUUAUGACGCUGUCGGAGGAAUGUCACCCAUGAAGAGCUUGAUUGAUUCAAGCGAGAGAUGAAUGACGUGACUGAUGAAGGGAAUACCGCCAUAUUAGAAUACGCAGCUGUUCUUGUGGGUUCUUUAACUCUCUCAGAACUGAACAUCCUAUGUGCACCUGAAUGAUUUUGUUUUCUUUAUCCGUUAUAAGUCUUACCAUCCUGCUCCGUUGACUCAAGGAAGGCAACACACCCCUUCAUUUUUGUGCAUGCUAAAUUCUGUUUAUCUUUUUUCAAAAGUGCCUCCUAAUAAAAUGCUUGGCCACUUCACCCUGCAUUGAACAAGUGUUAAAGAAAUACUGAGAAAUUGUGUACCACCUAUGUGUGAAUUUAUUUAAUAGCCAGUACACAGGACAUCUGUAUAAUUAGGGUAUUGGUAACAAUUUGAUGUAGCAAUAACUCCCCUAGUAUGAAGUGUACACAUGUUAAUUUUUGAUAUCCUGAUACAAUUUGAGGUACUCUUCUCCAAUAUUCUGUUAUUUUAUCAGCCUCUCUUUUCCUUGUCUGUGUUGUCCUCGGUAGGAAUUGUUAUGCAUGCUUUAUUGUAACUUUGUUCCGUUUUUUUUUUUUUUUUUUUGCUGAAUGUUUCUGGGAUUUUGUUUGCGAGUGUUUGUGUAUACAGUAUGUGUGCCCAUUUUCUUCAGUCGCUCUUUCCCCCCCGAUCCACAAUCUCACCGUUAUUCUGCUCACUGAACUAUUGCAGUUCUGCCUAAUGUACAAAGACAAAAUACUGAUGUAUAUUUUUCAUGUUAAGAAAACCUGUCACCUGUAGUGAGUUCUUCUAAAAUAUGACUUUUUUUCAAUA